ACUAUACUGUGCCAUUGCUGCUCAAGAUAGAGCCUACCAUAACAACAAUCAUCCUUGAUCCAUCAUAUAUGCCUUAUGAAGGGGUCAUCACCCCUAUAAUUUCCUAGAGGAUUAUAAGAAUUGAUAGCAUAGGCACCUCCAUUAAGGCACUGAACCAUGGAGCAACCAGCCCUCAAACUGUCCCUCCACACAACCUGCUUAGCGUCCACAAAUUUUGUUAGCAGCGCACAUGUUGCCUGUCCUAUUGUAGUUGUUUUGCUCAGCGACCCAUUUCGCCACAAUCUGCGCCGGUCAAAAACACCUCCCUUGCUCCUGCGGCGGCGGCGACGGCAGUGGCAGCGAGAGCGACAUGCGUAAGGUUGUCAGUAUGAAUAACCUCUCCCAAUACGAUCAGCCUCACGACCCUAAUGCAGAUCUGGCCUCUGGCUAUGCCUCCGACGUUGUCGUCCACUCCACCGUCGACCACCGCGAGCGCAAGAGAGGUGUUCCAUGGAUGGAGGAAGAACACAGGCUUUUCCUAUUAGGUCUAGAGAAGUUCAUUGGAUCGGGUGGUGAAGAAGAACAAAUCAUCUAGGAGAACACAACUCAAGCAGACUUCCCACUGCCGCCGGUGAUAAACUGCAACCUGGGAUUUCCGGUACUGGCAUAUCCAAUGACGGAAGGGGAAAGGUAAAAGAAGAAGCAGAGGAAAAACAGACCCUGGGAAUGACCGUAUUUGAUAGUGGGUUUGUAGGACAAUGAUUAUAAAUAGUUGAGAUCUUUUUUAUUCAUCAUCUAA